CAGCAUGAUGUGCACACUGGAGAUGCAGAAACCAUGUAGCAGAAAGCUGUGAGCAGUUGUGGAUUACCAGAUUCUCCCAACAGCAGUAAGAAGUGAAGAAUGAAGGCGGCUGGAUUUAUUUCUCUGUGGACGUUGGUUUCGCUGCCUUGCGGCCAGGUAGCAAAUCCCGCGGAACACGAGGAUGUAGUGAAGCACGCGAUAAAGCUGCACCGUGGGAAAGGAGCUGGUAUCGCUCAGAGAAAGCAGUGGGUGUUGGAGAGCUGCAGAAAACUGUCUGGCCUUCUUCGCCAGAAGAACGUUGUUCUCAACAAGCUAAAGAAUGCGAUAAGAGCAGUCGAGAAGGAUGCGGGACUGUCAGACGAAGAGAAGCUUUUUCAGGUGCAUACCUUUGAAAUUUUCCAAAAGGAGCUCAAUGAAAGUGAAAACUCAGUCUUUCAGGCAAUCCAUGGCCUCCAGAGAGCUCUACAGGGUGAUUACAAAGAUGUUGUGAAUAUGAAAGAAAGCAGCAGGCAGAGACUGGAAGCCUUGAGAGAAGCUGCAAUUAAGGAAGAGAUGGAAUACGUUGAGCUAUUGGCAGCAGAAAAACAUCAGGUGGAAGCCCUUAAGAACAUGCAGCAUCAAAACAAAAGCCUGUCAAUGCUUGAUGAAAUUCUAGAAGAUGUCAGGAAGGCAGCUGAUAGACUGGAAGAAGAAAUAGAAGAGCAUGCCUUUGAUGACAACAAAUCUGUAAGAGGUGUUAACUUUGAAGCAGUUUUAAGGGUGGAAGAAGAUGAAGCCAACUCCAAAAGAAAUGCUUCAAAAAGAGAAGUAGAGGAUGACUUAGGUCUUAGUAUGCUUAUUGAUUCCCAGAACAAUCAGUAUAUCCUUACCAAGCCCAGAGAUUCAACCAUUCCUCGUGCUGAUCAUCAUUUCAUAAAGGAUAUUGUGACAAUAGGAAUGUUGUCUUUGCCAUGUGGCUGGCUGUGCACGACAAUAGGAUUGCCAACCAUGUUUGGAUAUAUUAUCUGUGGAGUACUCUUAGGACCAUCAGGACUAAAUAGUAUCAAGUCUAUUGUACAGGUGGAGACAUUAGGAGAGUUUGGUGUAUUCUUCACUCUCUUUCUAGUUGGUCUGGAAUUUUCUCCUGAAAGAUUAAGAAAGGUAUGGAAAAUAUCUUUGCAAGGACCCUGCUACAUGACGGUUCUGAUGAUUGCCUUUGGUUUACUAUGGGGACAUUUGCUCCAAAUUAGACCAACACAAAGUGUCUUCAUUUCCACUUGUUUAUCUUUGUCGAGCACGCCAUUGGUGUCAAGAUUUCUUGCAGGUAGUGUUCGAGGAGAUAAAGAAGGUAAAUAUGAUUUUAAAUAUGGACUGCUGUAG